UGGACUCUUAGGAGGAAAAUGUAGGGGCUGAUGUCUAGAAGUAGAGAGAAAAACCAGAAACUGGGGUCAUGGACAUACAGACAAAGCUUGUCAGCUCAUUGGACAGUCUCCUAAGGUGGCUACGGUGGUGGCAAUUGUUCAGAUGGCCACUGAAGGUGGUUUGUGUUGGAGGUCUUUGUCGAUGUUGAUAACUACCUGUUUAUGAGAUGACAAUAGACCAAAGAGGACUAUUUAUUGUAUUCAUCCUAUAUUGAAGACAUUCAACAACAAUUAACAGCCUCUGAUUUUCCAGCUAUUGGCAAACUAGUGGCCCCAGCGCCAUAGAAUCCUGUGAUCUUCAGAGUAGGAUGGCAAGAUGGUGCAGUCUCUACCAGACAGUAUUUAGUAAGGCUUUCCCAUAGUAUUCCCUUUCUCUCUAACAGCUCUUACUAACCUCUUAUCUCCCAGGCCUCGGACAAAAAAAAGGCAUUGCAGGACACCAUGUCACUGGUCACUCAGACACUGGCCAGCGUGGCCUCUCAUGUGGGGUUGGUGGCCAGAGAAAUGUUACUGAUACUGCAGGAGCAGAGCCAGAUCCUUCACCAGCAUGAGAACAGAGUGAGGAACAUCUCACAGCUGGUAGAUAUUCGAGUGGAGAAGGCAUCCCGCCAGAAAAUAGGGCCAUUGACAUGCAGUAAGAAAAAGUUGCACACUCAGAAAAUACUGAGUGAAGGGAAUCAAGCCCCACGCCCUGCGUAUAUCAGAAGUCCAAUCAAUUCCAAAAUCCUCGAUCAAACCGGCCAUGGAAUUACGGAAUCUGACUCUCGGUUAUCGAAAACAGGAACCAUGUCUCACAGGACUAGUUUCAAAUCACUGACAAACUCACAGGGUACACUGGGGAGAAGUCUUCGAAUUAUAGACCCAGUUCUUCCACCGCAGAUACCUGAGAUGACACCUUCAACAACCCCGCCCAGAGUGUGGAACAGCACUUCUCCAAAUGUGGACACUACAAUCAUGGAACAGCCUCUUUCUCCACCUCCUGUUGUCCCUCAGGAACCCUUUGCUCUUCUUCAGGAUGAAAACCACAUAGCAAAUAGCACCUCCAAUUCACUCCUGGACUUCUGUGAUCCUGGACUCCCUCCUCCUCCUCCAUCUGCUCAUGAAGAAACAAAUAACACUUCUUGGGAACCAGAGAACGAACCUUCAUUCCCAGUCUAUCCCGAAUCACUGGAAAGCCUUCCACCUCCUCCUCCUCCAGCAGACAUUUAGCAGGGGCUUCAGAAGUACCUCCAAUGGAUGCCUCUUCUUGCCUGAAGAGAUUAUUCCGAAGACCUGUCCUUCCUGUGAUGUUUCAGAUUGUUCUUCAGCAACAGGAACUUUUGAGGCU